AUGUUGUUCCAAUACAGUCCACGACGUGCUGAAGAGUCCAUCUGCUCCUCUAACCGUGCAUUUGUCAUACAGUUGCUCCAACGCUCAACAGAUACAAAAAUCACGGAAACAACAUUGUUUGCUUGGGUCGAAGUGGCAAAAGGUGCCGCGCCAUCUGAAAUGCUCGUCAUCUUGACGCAGCUGGUCGAGUUUCUCUCUCACAAGAACAUGCUGGUUCGUCAAAGUGCUGUCGUUGGCUUAAAACGGCUUGCUGCUCAUGCUGGCUGCUCGUUAUGGGCGCUCUUUUCUCCCUACAUGCGGCAGAUCAGUCUGCAAGUGUGUCGUAAGGGACAAGCUCAGCCACAAUUUAUUAGCUUCUUCGCCAGUCUUAUGGGCAUUCACAGCACAGACUUCUUGGUACGUAAUCAGCAAUACUUGUUGCCAUUCCUUGUCAUUGAAGGCAAAGUCAGUCUCAUCACCGAGAUGGCAAUGGCCACACAGCAAUCAGUCAACAACCUCAUCAUGAACAAUGCUCACUUCAUCUUCAGCAGUAUGCUGACAUCGAAUCUGGACAAAAAGCAGCUCAUGUCCUUCUUCUCCAAUAUCGACUCCAAAUUCGCUGAUGUCAAGCUGAACGAUUUGAUCUGCGCGGUGCCGAUUCCCCUGGCUGUUGAAUUGCUCCAGCUGGGCGGGGAACCCAACAUCAAGCCCGCGAAUAUUCAUGCAGCUCUGACUUUUGUGGCCACAGUGUCCACCAAACCGCCAGCAAGUACGCGCAAGACGCCUAUGGAGCUCGCGGAAGAGCUUCAAAGAACCUUUUUGACAAAACACAGUCUUGGCAUCGUUGGUCAUUUGUCGGAAGCCUUGAACAAUGCGCAUGGCAGAAAGGGUUUGUUGGAAAAAGUGCGCAUCAUCAGAGCCUUUUAUGACUUGGUCACGCUCAUAGAGCAAGCAAGCGAAGCUGCUGUGCCGCAAAUUGUCGUCUGCCUUCAAGCCGCUAUUCUCAUGCCAGAUUUGCGUCAAUCUGGGUUGAUUGCUUGGCAUCGUCUGCUCGAAAAGUCCUCUCAUCAAGUCACCACUUCGCUGAUCUCCCACUCCAUGUGCUUGUUCUUGCAUAUCUGGGAUCAAGCAACAGAUAUUGAGCGCGGCUUCAUGAAGCAGAUGUUUGACCUUUUCAUCAAGGACUUUAGUGAUCAUAUCAGCCAACAUAUUGGGCAAAUGCCGAGAAUCACGGUGGCAGAACUGCGAGCCGUCGAAGAGCAAUUGAGUCUCUUUCGCAAACCAGGCGUCAAGCCAGGCGAUGGACUACCGCCUCUGGAGGACUUGUUUGACCUGCUCCAGAGUGACAACCCUAUCAUCUGUGAGCGUGGGCUUAUUGAGCUGAAGGAAGUCAUUACGACGAGGGGACCCGAUAUCCACACUGUGCUUCUCAAAGACCGGAAGGAUGCCACCGUGAGCGAGACACUUCGAACUUUGCUCGACAUUGUUGCAAAGCAUCAACAGCACGGCGGCUUGACGAAAUUGCAAUUACUUGCUUCCGAGAUUCUUGGUAUGAUUGGUGCAGUCGAUCCUGUCCGUGUUGACACGGCAAAAGACAAGUCUCGUGCCAUCUUGCUCAGUUCCUUCAUGGACGAAGAUGCCGAAGAGACUGUUGGAUUUGUCCGCAUCUUUUUGGAAGACCAGCUCGUGGAAGCUUUUCAGUCAGCCAACAACACCAAGGUGCAACUCUCCCUUGCGUGGGCGAUACAGGAAUUGCUCAAGUUUUCUGGAUUCGACGAGAGCCUGUUGAGCGCUGCAAAGCAAGGGUUUGAGCGCGACGAUGAUCUGGACACACGUCGCCGUUGGCGAGCCAUCUCGGCGACUUCACGCACAGUGUUCGCGCCGCUCUUGAGCUCGAAAUGGGAUCGGCCAAGUCGUCCUCGACCGAAGCCAGCUCAACUGCCAAUUAUCCAGCAUACAAAGACGUAUCGCCAGUGGUUGCACGUUCUCGUUCUUCAUCUGCUCCAACUGCCACUCUCGGAGAAUGCACGAAAGCUCUUUGGCGUAUUCAGCGGAAUUCUGCGAGAGGAGGAACUCGAGAUGGCCAACUAUCUUCUGCCCUACCUCUUCCUCAAUGGACUUUUUACGAAGCGCUAUAUUCCGGAUGCUCCAGGGCCAGAAAUCAUGGCCGAGGAAGUGCGCUUGAUUCUCGAGACCACCUCUGAAGAGCCAGCUGAAGCUGAAAAGCUUCGACUAGCAACGGAGGCCAUUUUUCCAGUGCUUGACUAUCUGCAGCAUUGGCGACGUUCACGGCACAACAACAACACGACACAAUGGGCUGAGAAGAUGAAGAGGCAAAAGCUCCUGCCGCGGCCAGAAGAUUUUGUGGAAUCAGAUGAGCUGACGUCCUUUGUGGAUGACUUCUUCAUGCACUUGAAGCCAGAAACACUCGCAAAUGGUGCACUUCGCAUUGGUUCAUACUCUCGCGCUCUUUACUAUUGGGAGCAACACAUUCGCAAUCAGAAAAAGACACUUUCUGCAGCAAGUAUGCAGCCCUUGUAUGCCACACUACAGCAGCUCUACAUCAAUAUUGACGAUCCUGAUGGUAUCGAGGGCGUUUCUGUUAACCUCCGCGAAUUGACUAUCGAUCAAGAAAUCUUGAUGCAUGAGAAUGCUGGCAGAUGGACUGCUGCUCAGAGUAGCUAUGAGCUUGCUUUGCAGCGCAGAUCAACCGAACAAAAACUCCAGCUUGGACUGCUCAAUUGUCUCCGUCAGACUGGACAUUACGAUCUGCUCCUUGAGCAAGCGAAAAGCAUGAUGAACACUGGCUCGCGUUCGAGUGCCUUGCUCGACAUUGCUAUCGAGAGUUCAUGGAAUCUAGGCGCUUGGGCGGAUCUGCAAAAGUUGGUGCAGCUGGUGCCAGUACAGGAGCAGACCUACGACUCACUCAUGGGACGCUUCUUUGGUGAACUCAAGGACAAUAAUGAGGAUAGAUCUCAGGAUCUCUUGUCUCAACUCAAAGUGAGAGCUGCGACAGAGCUCGCGGCUUCCAACACAGACUCAUUCCAGCAGUGCUACGAGGCGCUCGCAAAGCUCCAUAUUGUGCAUGAGUUAGACUCGCAACACAACCCUACGGCUGAUCCCUCAAAGUCGCGAGGCCUUGUCGGGCGAGAUCGUUUCGCACUCGUGGCUGAUAGUGGGCGUUGGAAGCAGCACAUUCUGAGCGUUCGCCGAGUGACGCUAGAACUCAAGCAGCAGCAGCAACAGUCAACCGCGCGAGUAGUCAGUCACGCUUGGCUCGAAAGCUCUAAACUGGCACGCAAGACCGGUCAGACGCAACAGGCCUAUAAAGCGAUUUUGCAUGCGCUUGCGAUCAAAGGCACGCCUCUUGCCGAGAUUGAGCAUGCGCGGUGGUGGUGGAAAGGUGGCCAUCAAUUGCGAGCAAUUCAAACGCUUCGCAAGGCGCUAGCGUCGAAAGUCUUUGAUGGCUACGAGUGCAAUCCAGACGAAACCUACUCCAAGGUCUAUAAUCUCGCGAAGACGCUCGCCAAAACACCAAGUGAGAUCCUGACUUCCAAAGCACAAUUGCUCUUGACGAGAUGGAAUGAUUUGGCUGAGCACACUAAUUCUGCACAACAGCUCAAGGAGUACAGCCAAUCUGCGCGCGGAGCCCAGCUGGAAAAGCCGCACUACUUUCUUGGUCGUUACUACAUGAGACUGUUGGAGGCGGAAGCCAAGAAACCCGUGGAACAACAAGACGACGAGUACCUCAAGGGAGAGUAUCAUCGUCAUGUUGUGCUGAGUUACGGUAAGGCGAUGCAUUUUGGCACAAAGUUCAUCUUCCAGACGCUGCCAUCAUACCUGCAACUCUGGCUGGAUUUUGGAGAUCGUGUCUCUCAGCUGUCGUCAAGACUAAGUGUCCAGCGCCGUAGCGAGCUCAUCGAGAUGCGCAAGGCGCAACUCAACCACCUCAACGAAAAGAUCAAAAGUUUUGCUCUCAGGCUGCCGACUUAUCUCUACAUGUUGGCGUUCCCGCAAAUCCUGUCGCGACUGAAUCAUACAGAUCGCGGGUGUUUUGCGAUACUAGAGACGAUUCUCGUUAAGGUGCUGCUCGACUAUCCGAAGCAAGCUCUCUGGACAUUCAUGGCUGCAAGCAAGUCUCGAGACAGUACACGAUCGCAGCGUGGCAACACACUUAUUGCAACACUGAAGCGAGAAGCAAAACGAGAGAAGAAGGACAACGUGAUUCGGCUCGUUCAGGAAGCACAAUUUGUGACGGACCAGCUCAUGAACCUAUGCAUGACCCCUGUUGUCAAGAACAGGACGUCAGUCAGUUUAACUCGUGAUCUUCAUUUCGAUACAGCAUGUGCACCAAAUCUGCUGGUUGUGCCGACCCAAGACAACCUGACCGUCAUCUUGCCAUCGCACAAUGGCAUGGGAUCUACCAAACACCAUCGCGCAUACGAGGCGGAUGUGCCAACGAUUACUGCCUUCAGCGAUGAAGUGGAUGUAAUGAACUCGCUGCAAAAGCCGCGCAAGAUCGUGGUGCGCGCUUCAGAUGGCAUCCUCUACCCCUUUCUCGUCAAGCCCAACGAUGACUUGAGAAAGGACGCAAGACUUAUGGACUUCAAUGGUGUCAUUCAGAAGUUCAUUCGACGUGACGCAGAGGCUUUAAAGCGAACGCUGCGCAUUCGGACCUAUGCAGUCAUUGCUCUCAACGAAGACCACGGUUUAUGUGAAUGGGUCAAAAAUACGCGGCCGUUGCGUGAUAUCCUCAUCAAGACUCUCAAAUCACGCGGCGUGUCUAUGAAUUAUGGUGAAAUCAAGACGAGAAUCGAGACUGCUCUUGGUUCGAGCAAUCCCGGCCACUCAUUCAAGCUUCAUGUGCUAGACAUGUAUCCGCCAUGCUUUAGCGAGUGGUUCAUUGAAAAGUUUCCCGACCCAUCGCAGUGGUUCACUGCACGCUUGAGCUAUUCAAGGACACUUGCAGUGAUGUCGAUGGUUGGUUUUGUGCUUGGACUGGGCGAUCGGCAUGGCGAAAACAUCUUGUUUGACGAGACAACUGGCGAUGCAGUCCAUGUGGACUUCAAUUGUCUUUUUGAAAAAGGUCAUACUUUUGAGAAGCCUGAGCGUGUACCCUUCCGAUUGACGCACAAUUUGGUGGAUGCGCUUGGCGUGACUGGCGUCGAAGGAGCCUUCCGCAAGACGUGUGAGAUUACGCUCAGGAUCCUGCGAGAAAAUCAAGAUGCCUUCAAUACUGUGCUCGAGUCAUUUUUGCACGAUCCGGUUGGCGAAUUCCUCCGCAAGAAGAAGAGUACCUCUGGAGAUGUUGAGAAGGAAGAGGCACGCAAGGUGUUGUCUGUCAUUGCCUCCAAACUCAGGGGUUCAGCAGGUGCUGGCAUCGCCGACAAGCAUGUUCCUUUGUCUAUCGAAGGGCAGGCGGACGAGCUCAUCAAACAAGCAACAGACGAUCAGCUGCUUGUGCGUAUGUACAUUGGCUGGACUCCAUGGCUCUAG